GGCGGGCGCAGCUCCGCGCUCCUAGCGGAGCGGAGCGGAGGCUCGUGGGGCGGCGGCUGCCCGGCGCGAGGCGGGAGGGCUCCGCGGCCGGCGGGGAGAGGCCCGGGAGCGGUGCGAUGACCCGAGGGAUCGGGGCGGUGCGGGGCACAGGCGGAGGAGCCGUGAAGGCCCCGCCCACGGGCAUCCUAGCGGAGCGAGGGAAAUGUGAAAGGGUCGUGUGGACUGGCGGAGCCGCGAGGGAGCAGUGCAGGGGGCCGAGGAGGAUUCCAGGGAGCUUGGUAGAAGUUUUGGGUUUGUUUUGAGGCGGGGUGGUUGAGGUUGGCCUCGAGUGCACACGGCCCUCCUGCCUCGGGCUCCCUCGUGGUGGGGUUGUGGGCCGCCAGCUCCGGCGCUGUGUGUUGUGCUGUGUACAGCAUCUUUAUGGAGUCUGGCUUUGUAAAGGCACCUAAAUCAAACAAGAGCUGACUUCCUGCUCCCCUGGGAAUGUGGGUCCUUCUCCGAGGGGGGUACCCCCUCCGGGCCCUGCUGCCCCCGCGUGGGGAGUGGAUGGGCCGCAGGAGCCUGCCGCGAAGCUUUGUCCCAGGCCCUCCUCGAAGGCGGUACAGGAAGGAGGUUCUCCCAGCCUUGGAAGUGCCGGUGUUGCCUGUAACCACAACCGAAAUUCGCCAGUAUUUGCGGACACAUGGGAUCCCCUUCCAGGACGGCCACAGCUGCCUUCGCGCCCCGAGCCCCUUUGUGGAGCCCUCACAGGGCAAAGAUCCGAGCGGAGCUGCUGCUUCCUUCAGCCUCUUCAUUGACAAGACCACAGGCCGCUUUCUUUGCAUGACCAGCCAGGCAGAGGGGAGCUGGGAAGACUUUCAGGCCAGUGUGGAGGGGCGAAAGGAUGGAGUGAAAGAGGGGGUCCUGCUUGGUGAGGCUCCAGAAGCUGAGAACAGUGAGGAGGUCCGGAGGAUUUGGGACAGAGCAGUACCCCUCUGGGAGCUGCCUGAUGCAGAGGAGGCCCAGCUGGCUCGAGUGAUGUUUAGCCUUACGAAAGUGACAGAUGACACCCUGAAGCGUUUCCGUGUGCAGUAUCUGCGACCUGCUCGCAGCCUGGUCUUCCCUUGGUUCUCCUCUCAGGGAUUAGGAUUACGAGGCCUGAAGCUAUUAGGAGCUGAAGGCCAGGGGGAUGGAGUGCGCUACAUGGAGACCACCAUUCCCCGCCCUGGUGCCUACCACAACCUAUUUGGAUUACCACUGAUCAGCCGGCGAGAUGUUGAGGUGGUCUUGACCAGUCGUGAGUUGGACAGCCUGGCCUUGAGCCAGGCCACGGGGCUUCCCACUCUUGCCCUGCCCAGGGGAACCCUCUCCUUACCCCCUCUCUUGCUCCCAUACCUUGAACAGUUCCGCCGUAUUAUAUUAUGGCUAGGCGAUGACCUUCGGUCUUGGGAAGCUGCCAAGUUGUUUGCCCGAAAACUGAACCCAAAACGAUGCUUCUUGGUGCGCCCUGGAGAACAACAGCCCCGUCCCCUGGAGGCCCUGACCCGAGGCCUAAAUCUCACUCGUAUUCUGCGUACUGCCCUGCCUGCCUGGCACAAGUCAAUUGUGUCUUUCCGGCAGCUUCGGGAGGAGGUGCUAGGAGAACUCUCAAAUGUGGAGCAAGCAGCUGGCAUUCGCUGGAGCCGCUUCCCAGAUCUCAAUCGCCUCUUGAAGGGGCAUAGGAAAGGCGAGCUGACGGUCUUUACAGGGCCAACAGGCAGUGGGAAGACCACGUUUAUCAGCGAGUAUGCCCUGGAUUUAUGUACCCAGGGGGUGAACACACUGUGGGGUAGCUUUGAGAUCAGCAAUGUGAGACUAGCCCGGGUCAUGCUGACCCAGUUUGCUGUGGGGAGGCUGGAAGAGCAACUGGACAAAUAUGAUGAGUGGGCUGACCGCUUUGAGGACCUCCCCCUCUAUUUCAUGACUUUCCACGGGCAGCAGAGCAUCAGGUCUGUAAUAGACACAAUGCAACAUGCAGUCUAUGUCUAUGAUGUUUGUCAUGUGGUCAUUGACAACUUGCAGUUCAUGAUGGGUCACGAGCAGCUGUCCACAGACAGGAUUGCAGCUCAAGACUACAUUGUUGGGGCCUUUCGGAAGUUUGCAACAGACAAUAAUUGCCAUGUGACACUGGUUAUUCACCCCCGGAAGGAGGACGAUGACAAGGAACUGCAGACAGCAUCCAUUUUUGGCUCAGCUAAAGCAAGCCAAGAAGCGGACAACGUCCUGAUCCUGCAGGACAGAAAGCUGGUAACUGGGCCAGGGAAACGGUAUCUGCAGGUGUCCAAGAACCGCUUUGAUGGAGACGUAGGUGUUUUCCCACUUGAGUUCAAUAAGAGCUCCCUCACCUUCUCCAUCCCACCAAAGAGUAAGGCCCGGCUUAAGAAGAUCAAGGACGACAAUGGACUAGUGGUCAAAAAGCCCUCUUCUGGCAAAAAGGGGGCUGUGCCCCGGAACUCUGAGACCUGCUCAGGCUGUGACCCCAUCCCCUACCAGCCAGACAGCUCUAAGCCUACAGGCUGACCACUGAAAUGUGCUUCGUGGCACAGGCUGGAACAUGGACUCUUUCUUGGCCCUCUGCUAGGGCGUCUCUGUGCUGUAAUUCUAUACUGUGGCUCCUUCUCAGCCUAGGGCAGAGCUCCAUAGGAAAAUCAGCUUAGCUGCUAUUUGAGGACUUUACGAUGUGACAGGCUUUGUUCAAGGUCCUGUAAAUGCAGCACUGAAAAGAUACAUAAGGUCUCUGUCUUCACAGAACCUGCAUUGUGGUAGGAGAGACGCGGUGAACAGACAGAAAACAGUGAAGAAGCUAUAAGGAAAAUAGAAAGGUGACAGUGCUCACAGGCUACCUUAAAUCUAAAAAGAUGUCUGAGAGGGGAUGUCAGCCGGGGCCUCAGGAACGGGAAAGGCAAGGUCAUGGGGGUGUCUCAAGAAGAGGAUUUGGGCAGAGAGGCCCAUGGCCCUGAGCUGGGGAUAAACAUGCAGGUUCAAGGCAGUGAGCUUCGGCACCCUAACGCUGGAGUGGAACGGGUAACUUCUGGCUCUGACUCCAGCUGUUAGGCUUUUGGAGCCAAAGGGUGACAUGGUAUCAAGCACCUCUGCUGCCCACUCUAGAGCCAGGCGUGAGGUGGCACCUGCUAGAAUUGGACCCUGAGCACUUGUGACAUCAGGCCUCAGGUGGGAGCGUCCUGCCACGCCACAGAGAAGGCUGGAGUUCUGCCCCAACACUGGCUCCAUUGUGUGCUGUCUCAGGGAGCUAGAGGUAGGAUUUUUGUAGAGAUUUUGCCGUUUUCACGAAAAAUAAUUUUUCCACUGCC